AUGAUAAUAAUAAUAAUAAUAAAUUUUCGUCAUUUUUAUUGGGCGUCUGUCGCAUCAUGGUUUUUCAGACCGGAUGCCGCUCAUCCACCAUUUCCGCCGGGGGGACCAUUGGCGGGAAAUUUACCAAAUAUUAGGGGUGGUAGCUCACCUCGGCCUUCCGUAACACGAUCUGGUAGCGAACAUGGAAGGCAUUUUUCAAUGGCGCCAACUAUUUGCACGGUAAGUUAA